AUGUUCGGCAUGCCACAAGCUGGUUACGCAUCAGCGUUCUGUGAGCUAGCUCAGACAUUCGCCGUGAUUGAUGUGCUUGUCGCACUGGCCGUCCUUGCCGCAACAUCGCCAUUCGGUUAUGUGCGCCCACAGUUGCAUACCGAAGGGCAUCAAAUUUUGGAUUUGCGCAGCUGCCGCCAUCCGGUGAUGGAGGCAACUCCGAAUUCUCCGCAGUUUAUACCCAACGACAUUGUGCUGGGCAACGAACAAGAAGAUGAAGCGCGGUUUUUGAUGUUGACGGGUGCGAAUAUGGGUGGUAAAAGUACUUAUUUACGUUGCUGUGCGCUUACUGUUCUUCUUGCGCAAAUCGGUUCAUUUGUGCCUUGCAGCAGUGCGCGAUUUUCUCUCAUUGAUGGCAUCUAUACAAGGGACAUUCUAUGCCGUGUGAAAUGCUUCUGUAUCUAUGCUACUCAUUAUCAUGAACUGACCGAACUCAGCAAUGUUUACCCCAAGUUGUUAAAAAACGUCUGCACUGCGUUCCAAAUUGACGAAAAUGGCUGUUUGAUUUUACUGUACAAAAUUGUUCCUGGCAUCGCUGGUCAUUCCUUCGGCUUAAAUAUUGGAAAAAUGGUUGGAUUGUCGGAGAGCCUUCUUCAGCUUCCAUUAGCCUUGCAGUCAGCAACAUGCAAUUCGCUGGUUAUCGUUGACGAAUUGGGGCGCGGUACAUCGACCUAUGAUGGCUUUGGAUUGGCCUGGGCGAUUGCGGAGGACAUUCUGUGCCGUGUGAAAUGCUUCUGUAUCUAUGCUACUCAUUAUCAUGAACUGACCGAACUCAGCAAUAUUUACCCCAAGUUGUUAAAAAACGUCUGCACUGCGUUCCAAAUUGACGAAAAUGGUUGUUUGAUUUUACUCUACAAAAUUGUUCCUGGCAUCGCUGGUCAUUCCUUCGGCUUAAAUAUUGGAAAGAUGGUUGGAUUGUCGGAAAGCCUUCUUCAGGGGAUUCAAGUGAAGAAUAAGUUUCAGGCCGCUGGCAAUAUGUUGGAAUCACUGGAACCAAAAAAUAUACACUUGUCUGCAUAUGAAAGAGAAAAAUAUCAGAAGAUUAGCAGUUUGUGUGAUGAUGACUUGCGACGACAAAUUUUGGAAAGUCCGCUUGAUUUUUGUUAA